CUUCCCUCUCGGUGGGGAACUGGGGGCUGACCGACGGACGAAAGACAGCCUAUCAGCAGAAAAGAAAAAAAAAACCCACACCAUGUGAAGAAAAGGUAGAUAUAAAAGGGACGUGAAAAGCGCGAACUCGCCAGGGUGAGAAACUUAUCCACUGGUCUUACCGCCGGUUGUGGUCGGCGCUCUUCAUCGGCUCGGCAGAGAGCGAAUGGACAGAGCGGAGCAGGACAGUCUCACCAACGGUAGCAGACACGUAUACGAUGCCGACAAGUGAUGGCCCCGGCCGCUUCCCUGUGUUUGUGGCUCCACCUCACGGCAACCAUCAGAGGUGUCCAGGCUAUGUUCCUGGGCGAGUGGCUCCAGUCCGCUCACCGCCACCUGCCAAAGCUCCACCGCCUCCACCGAUAAAACCUCAUGGCAGACCGCCGGCUCAACAAAACACAUUCAGCUUGUCAGUGGAGAACCAGCGCAGGGAGCGUGCUCAGAGCCUAAGGCAGCGAAAGAACACUCUCAUAUGCUUUGGAGUAUCGUUGGGUGCUUUCUUCCUCACUCUUAUUCUUGUCCUUAGUCUCACAAGUGGAGAUGUGUUAGAUGAGAAUUGCCCAGACCACAACCCAUCCCUUAGUGGCUGGAAUCCAGGACACCAACCAGAGAAGGCUGUUGUUGUCAGGAAGGGAAAUUUGUUCAGAUUGGAUGCUUCUGCGACCUUCCUUUCACUUACCAUCCAGUCAGGAGGCCGCGUAGUUUUUGCAGACAAUGCUGAUGGCUCCAAAAACAUAACUUUGAGAACACAUCACAUCCUCAUAGAAGAAGGUGGAGCCCUUCAUAUUGGUGCUCCCAAAUGUCGCUACCGCUCUCAUGCCGCCAUUGCCCUUGUGGGCCGUUCUGACAGCAAGGUCGUCCCUGAGGUCCCCGGCUUUGGCCACAAGUUCAUCGGCGUUAAGGGUGGUGGGACUCUGGAACUACACGGUACUGAGAGAGUUUCUUGGUCUCUGCUAACCCGAAGCAUCCCAGCCUCCGGGCUGGCCACAGGGGGUUAUGCCUUCCAGAGAAACUUCAGCCGAGGCAUCAACCUGCGUGUUGUGGACCAGGAUACAGCUGCCGUGGUGUUCUGUGAGCGAUACGACACUCACGACUCCCGCAAUGACAGUCGACGACUCACCCAGCUGCUUCGCUCCCUCCCAGCAGGCCGCAUUGUCACACUGGCUAUAGGAGACUCUGCCGUCAAAAGUCUUCUGGAUGAAACCAAGAAGGCCAUUGAAGAGAAACUCGGCAGCAGCUUCGUCUACGAUCUCAAAUACAGACAGGCGUGGGCUUUGGUCUCUGUGGUAGGUGGUGGUAACGCGUCAUGCUCUGAGGAUGUUAAGGAACAUGAAAACCACGACACGGGAGGCAGAGCUCUGGCAAGACGCAACUUCACCACCGUAGAUGGAGUGGGCUUCUCUGUCACUGCCUACAGCGAGUGGAAGAACGGCUUCCCCAUCUCAGGUUUCCAGGUGGAUGCUGUGGACCAAGUGGUGCUAAACCUGCAGGAUGAAGUGCAGCAGACCUGGCAACCAGGGGAUCAGGUUGUAGUUGCUAGUACGGACUACUCCAUGCACCAGGCUGAGGAGUUUACCCUGUUGCCCUGCCCCCACUGUACCAGCCGACAAGUCAGGAUACAAGGGAAGCCUCAGUAUAACCAUGUUGGCGAGAUCGUAGAUGGAAUCGACAUGCGUGCUGAAGUGGGUCUGCUCUCCAGAAACAUUCUUAUCUAUGGAGAAAUGGAAAACUCCUGCUACGGAAAUAACAUGUGCCAGUUCUACAGCCACGACACCUAUGGAGGCCACAUCAAGAUCUUAGGUAACUUCUCGUCAGUGCAUCUGUCCCACGUGGAGCUGAAGAACAUGGGUCAGCAGCGAGAAAAAAGCCGCUACCCCCUCCACUUUCACAUGUGUGGAGAUGUCGACCAGAGGGGAGGAUACUGGGAGCCCACGUAUGUGGACGGACUCUCCAUUCACCACUCCUUCUCACGCUGUCUCACCAUCCAUGCCACCAAUGGUUUGCUGGUCAAGAACACUGUCGGCUAUGACACCUUGGGCCACUGUUUUUUCCUUGAGGAUGGGAUUGAGCAACGCAAUACUUUCUUUCACAACCUUGGCCUGCUGACUCGACCUGGAACUCUGUUGCCCACUGAUCGCAAUGAGACUCUGUGUACAAGCAUUAAGGACAAAGUCUACAAGGGCUACACUCCCUCACCCAGCACAGAGUGCAAGGCAGUCUCAACAUUCUGGAUUGCCAAUCCCAACAACAACCUCAUCAGCAAUGCAGCUGCUGGUUCUCAGGACGCGGGCAUAUGGUUUGUGUUCCACAGCUCUUCCACCGGAGACUCUCAUGGGCUGGUACCAGAGACCAAAGCAGAGCUCACUCCUUUGGGAAUUUUUUACAACAACCGUGUACAUUCCAACUUUAAGGCAGGACUUUUCAUUGAUAAAGGAGUGAAGACCACCAAUGCAAGUGCUGCUGACCCCCGGGAAUACCUGUGUCUAGACAACAAUGCAAGAUUCCGACCUCACCAAAACGCUGACCCCAGUCGUCCUCGGGUGGCUGCAGUCAUCGACACUCUGAUCUCCUUCAAGAACAACGACUUAGGAGCGUGGAUACGAGGUGGAGACAUCGUCAUCCAGAACUCUGGCUUUGCCGACAACGGAGCAGGGCUGUCUUUUGCCAGUGAUGGCAGCUACCCGAAGGAUGAAGGCUCCAGCCAGGAGGUGACGCAGUCCUUGUUUGUGGGUGAAAGUCGAAACCGAGGGACCAAUGGGGGACAGAACAAAUACUGGGGAGUUGGAGGCACUGAUGGAAAGAUGAGGACACUGCCUAGAAACAGGACGUUCCCAAUCCGAGGUUUCCAGAUCUAUGAUGGUCCCGUGCGGCUAACGCAGAGCACGUUUCGUGGAUUCAUCCCCACACCAGAACGUUAUACCAGCGCAGUGGGAUUCAACUUGAAGAACACCUGGCAGCUCACCCCACGGAACAACCUGUCCCAGCUCAGCUUCCACUCCACUGUGGGUCUGCGGGCAUUCUUUGGUCGCCCAGGACAGUGGUUUGAAGAGAAUGACCUGGACGGCGACAAGAACUCCAUCUUUCAUGAUGUGGAUGGGUCAGUAACGGGCUACAGAGAUACGUACGUUGGCCGUGCAGACAAUUACCUGAUCCAACAUCCUGGCUGUGUAAACCUGGCCCAGUGGAAUGGAGUGACCUGCAGCGGCCGCUACUCUCAGGUGUACAUCCAGACGCAGGGAGCCCCUAGCCUUAGUUUGUCCAUCAGCAGAGAUGAAUACCCUAAUGCUCCUCUGGUACUGAGGGGCAUUAACAGCCAGGGGGCGCUGUCUCAGCAGUACCAGCCCAUUCUUAUGAUGAGCAAGAGCUACACACUGCACUGGAGCGGAGCUGCGCCCAGAGAGAUCGUCCUCUCUCUCAUCAACUUUGAUAAAGAUGAUUGGGUGUUGGUGGGACUCUGUUACCCAUUGGACACCACAUUUCAGAUCAUGGCUGACAUCAACGACAGGCAAAGCAACACCUUUGAUGAGAUUACAGACUAUGGCACUGUGUCGUCUCUUGCACAGCUGGAGAAUAAACCAAUGGAAAGAAAGUACUUCUUUGAUCAAUCUGUUGGCUUACUGUGGCUGUACCUUCGUGCCCGGCAUGGCCGAGACGGUCACAGCUACUGUUCAGUAAAAGGCUGUGAAAGAGUGAAAGUCAUGGCCACUACAUCCUCCAAACAGACCUGUAACUGUACAGCCAAAGCCUACCCCAAGUACUCCAAGACUCCCUCAGCAGUGGUGCCAAUGCCGACUCUGAACACACAACCCUGCAAAGGCUGCGGUGCUCAAAAGCUCGUGUUUUCCAGUGAGCCAUGGACCUCCUACCUCCAGACACAAAUCAAGUCUCUCAGCAGCAAAGAGCAGCAGAGAGAUAACACCUCCUUUAUCACUGUGAAUGAGGUGACCAUGUCUUUCUCACAGCGUGGGUUUUUCCUGGUCUCAGUGGAUGCCUGUUCUGGAAAAGUCACUAAGAAAACCUCAUUUGCCAAGAUGGAUGCCAAGAUGGAACAGUACCUAAAAACUGGAAUACCAAAGCGGUCAAUAGUGCUCAUGGCAACCCGAGGUCAGCCAGAAGGCCUGUCGGCGCUUGCACCGUAUCUGGUCUCCUUUGGUUUGGCCAAAGCUGCUGAUCUGCAUGAAAAAGAGAGUUUGGCACUUUGGGGCUUCCUGGGUGGUUCUUCACCUCCUUCGUGGGUUUCACUACAAGCCGGGCAAGGGGAUGACUUCUUGGGGCUGCAGGAGCGCUACUUGCCCCUGGGUUUGGAAGUAUAUGGCUGUUUGCCACCUGCAACUCAAACACGCAAAGACCUGGAGCUUCUCAAAAAAGCCACAGGAGUACAAUAAGUAAUGUGAACUGUACAACAUACCUACCCGAAACGCUCUUGCACACAGAUACACAAACACAAAACCAGCUGAUGAAUGUGAACUGCUGAACCUUUAAUUUAUUAACAAUGACAAAGAUGUUUACCGAUUUCAAGUGGAAAGAAGGUAUUUUAUUAUGAACUGGGUGAAUAUUUUUGUGAUUUUGUUUGUUUGUGUGUGUGUGCGCGCGCGUGUAUGUGUCAGUGUGCCUGAGGGCCGUUAAGUCAAUGCACUUUCCUUGUAGAGACACAACUUGCCUUGUCAGCCAAAGUGAUCGAAUGAAGCUGUACAGUAGCUCAGUUUAUCUUGAACAGAAAAUAAGUCCAAAGUAACCUGCAGGAUCUACCUAUCAAUCUUUUUAUUUAUUAUGCAGUUAAUGAAAACAGAAUGAAUUUGGUUGACUAUGAAAACGGAACACAAUGCAUUAGAUACACACAGGCCGGAGGGAAAUUAUGAAAAUAAAUUACGUUGUCCUUGAAAUAAUAGCACAUUCGAUUGGAACUGCAAAUGAAACAAGAUGGAUUAGAUGUGCUCAGGUCAAAAGGAAAUGAUGAAAAUAAAUGGCGUUGCAGCUGAGAAUUAAACAACAAUAUUAAGCCAAAACUCAACAUGUAGUGUAAUAUAAAUUACAGCCACUGAGUGAGAUAUGUUAGAGAUUAAAGAAUUUCAAAACAACUUAAUUUUAAACCAAAUCAUAACAAGCCAUACUCACAUUUUAAUCAUAUAGACGUACAGUAAAGUAGAGUAAAAUUAAUCUGGCAGUUUUGCCUUUCUAACAUACACUCUUGCUCUUUAACUGGAAAACCUCCUCUGAUCAUCGUGCAGCUGUACAACUUAAGACUUUAAGCACCUUUUUAUGGAUUCCUACUUGGACUUACUGGAUCUUUUAUCUCAUAUUUUUAUUUAUCUUUUCACAGUGACGAUCUCUCAAGUGCUGUGCAGCACAAAUGUAUAUUACUUUGCUUCUGUUUUUGUGUUCUCAUACAGAAUUGAAUGUGUUACCUUUCAUCUGCCUCAUUCGUGAUCUUUUCAUGUGCAUUAUUGCCAAAACAGUAUGUUGAAGAUAUAAUUACAUGAUGCCUUUUUAGUGUUUGUAUCCAGACUGUACAGUAGCGAGCAGCAAAUGCAUACGGAUCAUAUACCAGCUGGAAGGUAUGCGGCUUUAUGUUGAGACCAUAAAAUCUUUAAUGGGUGUAUGGAUGUGAGCAGGGCUCCCCCACUGAGCUAUAAUACGUACCUGUUUUGUGACUGUGUGGCUGAUCGUGUGAGAUGGAGGGAGGACAAUCACCUUGUUGCCUUUUAACCACUCUACUGUUAAAAAGAGCAAAAGAACAAGAAAAAUAUUUCCAUCCCUUGCCUUUUGUUCAAUUGAUGCUUUGAAGAUGCACAACCCUAGAGUUCCUUUUUUUUUUUUUUAUUAGAAGUGAAUUUUGUAAAUAUGGUGUUGAACUCAAACUGUACAUGAAAUGGAAAACAGGUUGUCAAUAAUGUGUGUAUUUGUUGUGUUUUUGUCUUUUUUUUGUCAGUUGAUAAUUCUUUCAACAUUGCAUUUGUUCUGAAAUUGCCAAUUAAAUAAACACUUACGCUUUGUGAUAAAAUCACAUUUCAUCCAA